AUGAGUAUAGACUCUCACCCAUUUAAAGAGGCAAAGGUCCACAUUAAAUAUUUAGUUCAAACGGACUUUAACAAAAGGAUUUAUCAGGGGGUCCGAGUGAAACACACUGUCAAAGACCUUCUAGCAGAGAAAAGAUCCAGACAGACCCCAGGAUCACGAUUAAAUAGCAGCACCAACGGUUCCCCGACUCCGUUUGUCCAGAUGUCUAGCUCUCCUGCAUUAUCUGGAUUUUAUGGUGUUAGGAGGACGUUCCUGCCAGAUGGGGAAUUUCAUUCAACAAAAUCAUAUUCAAAUGACCUUUAUUCUUCAUCCCUGGGGUCAAAGUCACUUGCAUGUGAUCCAACGUCUCUCCAGGGCUACCCACCUCUACUGGACUCAUAUUUUACUGAACCUCUUGGGGACUUCCGAGGGGCAUCUCUAACAUCUGGCAGUGGUUCAUUGUUUAGUGCCUCAGCACUUCCACCUCUUUUACCGCACUUAUCUGGUGAUCCGUCACACUAUCUGUUGAGAGAAUCAUGGGAGCAGACAGUGCCUGAUGGAAUUACCCAGCUAGAUGCCCUGUGUGCUGACACCUCACAAGCCGUUUCUUCAUCCACAAAUUGUCUCUCACCAGAAUCAGGAGGAACUCACUACAGAAGCUCAAGUAGAGGGUCCUCUCAUGGAACUCAACCCUACUCUUUUCAUGCUCUUGAUGAUGCACAUUACUCUGCUAGCUUUCCUUCAGCCUCCUCAUAUGCCUUCUCCCCUUUCAUGACUGUUGCCAAUGAUUUGACCCCUAAAAUGGUUCAUCAUCUGCCUUCAGAGGACUCUACAGACACAAGUUCUAUUCAAGACAAUUCUACUUGGCCAAAGGAUGAUGUGACUACAGUAUGGGGACCCUAUGAACUGAGAAGGAGUUAUUGA